CAAUCUUCAUGGGAAUCGUAGCCCAGCUCCCUAAUCCAACAGAUGGCGCUGCUGAUUGAUGAGGAGAGAAAGCAGGGAACACGAAGUGAGUGGGACAGACAAAUGGACUCUAUUCCCCACAGCACAAGCGCAGUGGAUGGCUCUGACUUAACCCGGCAGCUACCACUACGGGAAGGUAGGUGGAACUCUAGAGAAAAAGGAAGUUGUCAAGGAGACGGGAGCACUGGAGCUAUUGUUCCCGCGAGAUUUCAGACUGCGCCUAUUAAGUGCUUCUGGAGAAGGCGAGGAGGGGACCUAGAGGAAGAGACGCUGCCAGAAUCCGAUGGCAGGAGCCGGGGCGACCGUACUGCUGCGGGAGGAAAACGGCUGCUGCAGCCGACGCCAGAGCAGCUCCAGCGCGGGGGAUUCUGACGGGGAGCGCGAAGACUCGGCGGCAGCGGCUCGUGCACGCAGGCGCUUGGAGGGCCUGCUCAACAAGAACAUGCGCAUUCGCAUGACAGACGGGCGCACCCUAGUGGGCUGCUUCCUGUGCACUGAUCGCGACUGCAAUGUCAUCCUGGGCUCCGCGCAGGAGUUCCUCAAACCCACGGGUCAGAUCGCGUGCCCGUGCCCCCGCUCCUGGGUUUCCCCCGGCAGUCCAUAAAUGUGUCCCUGAUAUAUCUCGGGACUUAUUCCAACCCUCUCUCCCUUCCCGUCUUCUUGCUCGAACCCCAGGCAUUUCCUUUCUAGAAGAGCUGAUGCAACCUGGGUGGAGGGGGCAGCGCCCUAAAUUCCAAGAUCUGAGUUCUAUCCUUGUGUCACCCGUAGGCUGACUUAAGGAAAGAACGUCACUUUUUUAAACCUCAGUUUUCCUAUCUCCAGAAACGGAGAUAAUUGGGGGGGGGGGGAGUGUUUGGAGAAAUGUUGGCUGUGACUGUUAAUAUGGGGUAGGUUUUAACUAUUACAAAAGAAGAUAGGUGAUGUGUAAGGUUAUACUAAGUCUGUAGUGGUCUACUGAUUACCAGCAUCCCCCCUAGACCAUCCUCAAAUCCAUGAUAUUCCCCUUAUUCCCCCUACUUUCUCUUUCAGAUUCCUUCUCAGCUGGGGAGCCCCGUGUUCUGGGCCUGGCCAUGGUUCCCGGGCACCACAUCGUUUCUGUUGAAGUCCAAAGGGAGAGCCUGACCUGCCCACCUUACCUGUGACUCCUAAUCCUCAGCAGCAACCAGGGCAGGCAGAAUGGGAAGCUGUGAUUAUCUGUUUUGCAUUCAUCUUCCCUCAUUCAUCUUGUGAUUAAAGCCUGUGAUCUGUU